AUGUUUGUUGCUUAAAGCUUCUUGACAACAAUCUCUCGUCUAUCUCUCUCAUCCCUUUCUAAUUUUUUAGAGAGAGAAAAUCAAGAAAACCCACAUCCCCAUUCCUCGGGAAUUCAAAGAUCCAGUUUUAGAGAGAGAAGUGGAGCCUAGAGAGAGAAAGCAAUACAAGAAUCAUCAGACCCACAAGUGAUAUCACUCAAAAAUUCCAUACUUGAGGCCCAGAAAACAACCCCAUCAGAUAUAUAAUCGUCAUGGAUGCUCAAAAUCAAACUGAUUUCCGCCGACUAAACUUCCCACUACAGCUGCUAGAAAAAAGAUCCGGUGGUGAAGGUGAAUCUCCGUCACCGGAAACGGUAGUCGCCGAAGACCUGCAAACUUGUCCUAAACCAAAACCACCAGCACCAAAAAGAGCUUCAACAAAGGACCGACACACUAAGGUUGAUGGCCGUGGCCGCCGGAUCCGCAUGCCGGCCACCUGCGCCGCUAGGGUCUUCCAGCUGACGCGUGAACUGGGACACAAAUCCGAUGGAGAAACGAUCGAGUGGCUGUUACAGCAGGCGGAACCUGCUGUAAUCGCGGCCACCGGAACCGGGACAAUUCCGGCUAACUUUACUUCCUUGAACAUCUCUCUCCGGAGCUCAGGAUCCACCAUGUCGGCAGGACACACCUCUUACCUGAGAAACGGUUUCAGCUUCGUCACCAGUCAACCGAUGUCGCAGUAUUUGAAUUUUUCAACAUCCGCAGUCAAACAAGACUCGUCGUCCUGCUUAGAUCUGCGGAGUAUUCCGAUGGGUGUUGCAUCAAGUUACAUGAUGCAGUCGAGUUCAGGUUCGAUCCCGGCGAGUAACACUCAAACACCACCGCCGACGUCGUUUUUAAUGAUGGGAAACCCUAAUACAAACACAACUACCACCACUAGUUCUCACGCCAUUACCGGCGAUCCUACAUGGAAUUUUCCGUCAAACAGUAACCACAUCACUAAUAAUAAUACUACUAACGAUGAUCAUGCGUAUAGAGGAGGUUUAGGGAGUAAUAUCAGUAAUGGUGGUGGGUUACAUUUUAUGAAUUUUGGUACACCAAUGUCACUCUUUCAAGGGCAGCAGUACGGCGGCGGUACAGUGGCGCCAACCGAAGGACAUCUGGGGAUGCUGACGGCAUUGAGCCCUUUCCGGCCGAUUUUCAGUAUGGGUGCUUCUGAUCAUCUCUUAAGCGGGUUGAAUCCGCAUGAUCGUGGUCAUGAUCAUCAUGAAACAAGCUCCAGCCAUCACUCUUAGGUAUUUUGUGUGGUUUGAAGUUUGAGUAGUUAUAUAUAUUAAAAAAAAAACAAAAAAACAAACCAUAUAUAUUAUUUUGGAUUAAUUGUGCCUUAAUUUUCGAUUUUCUUUGUAUGAAAUUCAAUUUUGAAAAGAGUUAUUUAGUUUGAUAUUAGGGUUUCAGUUGAUAACUGUGUGUCUGUUUGUUUAAUUAUGUUCUUAUAUUAAAUACGUACCCUUUAUGAUAUACUUCAUUAAGAUAUGUCAUUAAGAAAUUUAAUUCUUGUUCUUCCUUCAA